GAUUUAAUUCGAGAUUUUAUAGUUCGCUUACACACUAACGAAGUAAGUGCCAGCACAUAUCGUCAAAAAAUUAUACGCGAUUACUUCUAACUUUAUUCUUAAAACAUUGAAUUGUAUCGACGUCGAAAAGUAAUCAAAAGAGGCGACAAAAAACUGACUUACCAAAUUAAGAAAAAUUUCUGGCACAUAUUACGAUGUGUAUUAUAGUGGAGACUUGUCUGUGUAUGCAGCUGCGAUCAUUCGCCUUACUAGGGUCAAUCUGGGUAUGGCUCACAUGCAUUCCCAACAUGUCCAUACAUGUUAGACAGCUGAAACUGCUAGACGACGAGGGAAUUUCAGUCUUCAAUUCAGCAGACAUUAAAGACGAGACGCUUAGAGCCACUUCCUCCUUCAUUCUAUUUCACAUUGUCAGCUCAUUGGCAAAUAUGUUCUCUUCUCUGGUCUGUUUCGUGGGCCUACAAAGAGACAUUAGGCUCACACUACUACCCUUCAUAUUCACCCUUGUCCUCGGAACAAUUGGUGAGUUCGUCAUUGGCAUUAUGUGUUGGAUGGUGUAUUGGGACGACUACUACUACCCCUUAUCAACUGCAUGGAGAACUUCCUCGGUCGCUUUCUAUCUACUGCUCACAGCAAUUAAUUCUAUACUCAUUGUCGACCUAAUAUCGCUUUACGCUUCAAUGAAAUACGGAACAGGAUUAUCAAUGACAAUGAACGACAAACUAAAAGAAUCUGUAAACGAAGAACCUGUUCGUAACCAUUCGUUAGACCGCCAAUCAACUCCUAGAGCUCUUCCACCUCCUCCAGUGCUCGACGACAAAUGUAAAGACAUAAUAGAUUCGACACUGUCGUCGCAUGCUUCAUUCAGGAACCUGCAACUCGAUUUGACUUAUAUGAACUCAACGCAGCGCACAAACUCCAAAAUGCUAAGCUUAAAAACUUUGGGCUCUAUCAACAAUACACUAACACGACAUUAAUUCAACAAAUUCACUUUAUAAUAACGACAUAUCAAUGUAAGAAACUAACAUUUAAAGUAAUGCAAUAACAAUUUCCGGAACUUUGGUUUAGAACCAAAAUUAAUGAAAUUUUUGUAUAGAACAUUUGUAAAUUGAAUUUAUAUCGUCAUUUAGAUUAGUUUCUAGUAACAGUCCUUACGAUGCACAUAAUUGCGGAAACGUCUAAAAUUUAAUUCUUAUCCAAAA